CAAUAGUUGGUAACAUCUGUGCUGAUAAGAAUAAUAAGCCAUAUUAAGACAAGAAACGAGCCUAAUGCGAAUAAAUAAAGAAACUAUUUGUGAUUAUUGCUUUAUUUGACAUUUGAUGCAUGAUAUGACAGAUGACUGUUGCGUUCACUUCUAUCGUUGCUAUAUUUGUCAUCGAGAGAGUGGAUGAGAGAAAGGGAUCUUUGUCUAUUAUCCCAUUGAUUUUGGCUGGAGUGAUAAGUAUUUUAUAUUGGAGAUAUUUUGAUGAUCUACGUCCUUAUGCAGUUGUUCAGUUUGUUCCGUGCUUAGCCAUCCCUCUAAUGGCUAUACUAAUGCCUCCAAUGUAUACACACUCAGUAUAUUGGUUAUGGGCAGCCGCAUUUUAUCUCAUAGCUAAAAUUGAGGAAGCAUUGGAUAAACCAAUUUAUAAGUUGACUCAUCAUAUUGUGAGUGGGCAUACACUGAAGCAUUUAUGUGCUGCAAUGGUUCCUCUCUUCUUGACUCUAAUGCUUGCAAAGAGGGAGGUAAUUCAAACAGAGAGCCAGAGGAGAAGUUUUGUGCAGAUAUGGAAAAUAUCACGGAAUAAACUGAAGCUGAAAGGGAAUGGUACGGAAUUAGAGAGUUCCGAAUGCAGCUAUACAAAUAUUCCUGUAGAAGACUGAGUGGGGAGCAUCCACCUUCAUGGCCAGUGACAGAUACUUCUCACCCACAAAAAACACUGUCUAUAUACUUGCUAACACGCCUUUUGUGGGCAUAUUGCGAAAUUUUGUUACAAAACAGAAAUGGAUGAUAAUUGUAAUAUGGUUGGUUGAUAAAAUGGAGUUCACAAUCAGUUCCCUUGGUAUGGAAGCACGUAGCAUAGUCGUCGUCAUUAACUAAACGGCUAAACCAGAGUAUCCGUUUGGCAUACUUCCA